AUGUACGAGGUUUUGGAGCGGAUUAUCUUGGACCGACUUAUCAAGCAUCGCGAUGAAAUAGCGCGCGACGAGCAAGCUGACCAGAUGUUCAUCGUUAGGAGAGUGAUCGAAAUCUGGCAGGGUUUCGCUAUCGAUGACAUUGUGGGAAGAAUCGUCGAGUCGAACAGUCCAGCCGACAUCAUCCUAGAACCAUUAAGGCGCCUCUUGACCGAUCUCGAGAACGCUGACGAUGUUGUUAUAUUCGCGGGAAGCAUUACGAAACUCCAACAUGUUGUCAACCUUGUAUCGAAGCUGGCUGCAGCCUACGUCUACGCCCUGAUAAAUGCAUGCAGAUGUGCAUCUCUUCGAGACCUCGAACGGGGAUUUGGAUGGAAAGACAACUAA